AUGGUGGAGGACCCACUGCUGGAUAGGUCGUCUGGAGCGGGUUCAUCGGGAGAAUAUGGCAGCGUGAUGCGGAUCUGUUCAGCGCACUGCCUCAUCGAUGCUUUUCGCUGGAUGAAUCCGGUGCUGAAGGAGUUCACCUUUCUGUCCAGGUCUGCCAAGACAAGCUCGCGUAUUGAUCGGGCCCUUGUCUCGGCGUCGCUGAUGCCGUUGCUCUCGGAUGCGUCGCACUGUCGGCCGCUGAAGGGUCUUUCGGAUCACUGGUUCGGAGUGAAGGUGACCUUCAAAAUCAACCUGCAGUUAUGCAUGGGGCCGGGAAUAUGGAGAUGCAAGGCAGCAGAAAUUGGUAGGCCGGGUGCGGCAAAGGUGGUUGCGGCUGUUCGAGAGGAGCACAGAAAGUCGGGGUCAGGUGAGUUCUCUUGGCUCAUGAGGAAAAUGAAUAUGGCACUGCGGAAGUAUUCUACCGAGGAACGGAAGCGGGUUAAGGCUACCCUGAAUCACCUGGACAAUGCGGUAGCGGUUUUGCAGCAGGAGGUGAUGAGGAACCCCUACUGCUACACCCGGAAGGAGGAGUUGAGGGUCAAGGAGUCCCAACUGGCAGCGUACCUCGCCUCGGAGCAGGAGAGGGUGUCGCUCAUGGCUGGGGUCAAGGAGCUGCGAGAGGGGGAGAUGCCCGGCAAGCUUAUGCCGGCAAAGGUCAAAACAAGGAAGGAGAGGACGAUGAUUACAUCGCUGCAAUGGAAGGGAAUGGUGCGGAGGGACUCGAGCGGGAUUCUGGAGGCUGCAUCUGAGUUCUACGCGGAGUUGUUCUCGGAACCUGCCCCGACUGCGGAUAGCACGUUUUGGCCGGUCGCUCCAGACAAAAGGUUGGGUGAGGCGCAAACUCAGCUGCUGUUGGCAGAUUGGUCUGAAGCGGAGGUAAAGGAGGCUCUUGACGGCAUGGCGAAGGGCAAGUCUCCUGGUGCUGUCGGGAUCCCGAAGGAGUUUUUCAGCCAGCACUGGGACUCGCUGGGGGGUGACGUGCUUGGUUUCGCGAAGCAGUUUGAGAAAUCGGCCGUCCUUCCUCCUGCUGCUCUGGAGGCCGUCACUGUCCUGCUGCACAAGAAGGGCACGAAGGACCAGGUGCAAAACUACCGGCCGAUCACACUGCUCAACAGCACAUACAAGUUAGUGGCGCGGGUGCUGGCAAACAGAAUGCGGAAGGUGCUGAAUACGGUCAUUUCGGAGGAACAGUACGGUUUCUUACCAGGAAGAAGGUUGGCUGAUGGGGUCUCGCUGAUCGCGGACAUCGUCGAAGCGGCGAAGUGCAAGGAUGAGGAUUGGUACUUACUUCUGGUGGAUUUCCAGAAGGCUUUUGACUUGGUCUCGCGGGAAUACCUCUUCGGCACAAUGGAGAGGAUGAGUUUUCCACGGAAGUUCGUGCAGUGGUGUGAAGCAAGAAGAAGGAAACUCGGAAUUAGCAACUCGUAUGGCGACCGACUGGUGUACGUGGGUUAUGCGGAUGACACCACGCUGGUGCUCAAAGGGAAAAGGCAGAUUGGCCGGGCGGUGAAGCUGCUGAGUGAGUUUGGAGAUAAGUCGGGGCUCCGUGUGAAUAAUGACAAGUCCGCGCUUAUGCCCCUGGGGAGAAACCUGCGUAAAAAACCGGACAAGAAAUCAGUUUUCAAGUGGGUGUUGUUGAAUGAAGCGGAAAGGGUAUUGGGAGUGUGGGUCUCACCAUCGGGAGAUGCUUCGGUGGCCUGGGAGAUCACCCUGGUGAGAGCAUCGUCGGAGCUGGUGAAAUGGCAGAUCCUCUACUUGACUACGUCAGGGAGGGUCGCGGUAGUCAAUGGGUACAUUAACCCGAUUCUCGCCUUCCAGGCGCAGGUUUACCCACCUCCAGCAGAGGUCUGGGCGAAGCUGGUGAAGCUGCUUCACAACUUCGUCACCGGAAACCACUCGACGGCGGGGAAGCAUUUCGCGCUCUGGAGCCAGGAGCUGCUGUUCAAAGCGAGAGGGGAGGGCGGCCUUGGAGUUCGGGACCCGUGUGCUGAGCUGGGGGGCCUGGCGGCCAGGAGGAUUGCGUUGCUGGCGUCGCAGCCGCUGGGUCUGCGUGCUGAUCUCGCGCUGGCAGCGCUGGAUGUCCCUGAUCUUCAGUCCAGCUUCCCAUCGUGCAUCAAUGCGUCAUCGGUGUGGGAUGUGGAAAAUGAGCUGCUGCUCUUCAAUCGGCGGCUGCUUCUAAAUGGGAAGACGCCUGCAGGUCGGCAAAAAGCGGCUAGGGGGCUAAAGCGGUCAGUCAUGCGGGACCUUAUCAAAGUUGCUGGGGACGGCUCGAGAGUUCUUAAGGACACCCAGGAGCUCGAGCGGGAGUUUGGGGGCACGGCGGGAGCUAAGCUGGCAAAGUGGAUCUUCGAUGCUGCCCCGGAUGAGUGGAAGCAGCUGCUCCUGGCGCCAGUCACGGCGCAUACGGUGCUAGCCGUCUCUAAGUUCGUGCUGAAAACGGGGACGAGCUACGGUGUCUGGAGGAUUGAGUGCGUGGAUGGUGAAGCCCUAGUCUGCCGAGCUAUCAGCUGUGUUCGAGGGGUACUGGGGGAUGCAGAGGAGAAGCUGCGCAGCUUUCAGCCGCACGAGCCGGUGGUUCGGGCACUCUUGAAGGCGCUCCGCAUGAUGAAUCCGCAUCGGAAGAUCGAGUCACUGGGGGACAUGGUUUUCAAGAAGGAGGGGACAGCUUCGGGUUUCCCUGAGGCUACAAUUACAGCAAUUGCGUUCCACCGGAUCUGGGUGGAGAGAGCUCAAGGAGCUGUGCUUGGGCAUUGUCAGUGCAACAUUGGUGCCAGUCUCUCUGGUCUGGAGCGUCUGGAGCUGGUGCUGGGGGAAGGUGCUGAAGAGUUUCUGUCCGUGUUGACAAGGCUUCCUAGCCUCCGCACAUUGAAGCUAAACAAGGCUCGUUGCCUGCAAAACCUUUUGAAAUCUGACGGUUCAUGUUUGAAGGAGCUACGGCAGCUGAACAUCGACAUUGCGUGUGAUGAACUCACAGAGUUGCCUGCCGCCAUCACCACUCUCCACCACCUGACAUCCCUUAAGAUCCACGCGCCGAAGUUAUCUUCCCUUCCAGAUGCAAUUGGGUCAUUGUCAAGACUGCGCAGGCUGAAUAUAUCCAACUGCUCAUCCCUCACGCAUCUCCCUGAUUCCUCGACGCAGCUCUCCUGCCUGCAUGAGCUGAACGCUAGCAACACCAGCAUCCGGCUGCUUCCUCCUGGCUUUACGCAACUCAGCAGGCUCAUGGAGCUUGAUCUCAGCAACUGCAAGCAGUUGGAAGCUGUGCCUGACGACAUAUCCAGCCUCAAAAUGCUGGAGCACUUCUCUAUUGAUGGGUUCGCUCACCCACUCCCUUCCCGCACUCCUCCCGUCCUGCACUCCUCCCGUCCUGCCCUCCUCCCGUCCUGCCCUCCUCCCGUCCUGCCCUCCUCCCGUCCCGCACUACUCCUAUCGUCCCACACUCCUCCCGUCCCGCACUACUCCUAUCGUCCCACACUCCUCCCAUCUCGCACUCACUCUCGUUCCGUUCUCACCCCCGUUGCGCACUCCCCCGUCGCUCACUCACCCUCCCCGCUCCACUCUCAUCCCGCGCUCACUCUAAUCCCGCACUCGCUCCCCGUCGCGCUCACUCUAAUCCCGCUCUCGCUCCCCCGUCGCGCUCACUCUAAUCCCGCACUUGCCCCGUCGCGCUCACUCUAA